GAAUCUCACCGCAAACUCCUAAACCCUAUUCUCUAUCAUCUCUCCGGAACCAUGAGCCGAUCAGGACAGCCCUCGGAUCUCAAGAAGUACAUUCUCUUCCUUAAAUUUUGUUUUUUUUUUGGGUUUUUCCUUUGGAUGCAGGUACAUGGGUAGGGAACUUCAAAAUUUUGCUGGUUGCAUGUUAUGGUACCGAACCUGGAGCUAGGAAAGUCAAGCUCUCCGCGGGUUCGACCAGUUCAUGAACCUCGUUGUGGACAACACCGUGGACAUGACCGGCGGUGACAGUACCGACAUUGGCAUGCCGCAAAAGAAAUGUAACGUGGCUGCUCAAGACUUCUUCGUGGAAGGGAUACAUGCAUGCAUACAUACAUACAUACAUAUGUAUAUAUGUUUGUACAGCCAACAACUCAAAGAUUUGAUUUUGAUUUCAUUAUCAACCCAUUUAUGGUGGAGGAAAAAGAAAAGCGAAAGUAAAAAUGGCCGAGAAUACGAAGAAGAAGAAGAAAGAAGAAGAAGCGAAAGAGAGGGAGAAAAGGGUAAUCAGCUGUCCGCAUUGACGCUUUUGGUCUCUGCUUUCAGAAAGUCUUUGAUUGGCGGUUGUGUUGGAGAAGAUAUUUGUUCAAUGGAGAUUGGGGUUCCUACAAAUGUUAGGCAUAUCGCUCAUGUCACCUUUGAUAGGUUCCAUGGCUUCCUUGGUUUGCCCAUUGAGUUCGAGCCAGAGGUCCCAAGGAGGGCUCCUAGUGCAAGUUGCACGGUGUUUGGAGUAUCCACGGAGUCGAUGCAGCUCUCGUUUGAUUCUAGAGGGAAUAGUGUUCCUACCAUACUCUUGAUGAUGCAGAGACACUUGUGUGCCAAAGGUGGACUGCAGGCAGAGGGGAUUUUCAGAAUAAAUGGUGAGAACUCUCAGGAGGAGGACAUAAGGGAGCACUUGAAUAGAGGUCUCAUACCGGAUAACAUUGAUGCGCAUUGCUUGGCUGGUCUCAUCAAGGCAUGGUUUAGGGAACUUCCUAAAGGUGUGUUGGAUUCUCUCUCGCCGGAUCAAGUAAUGGGGUCUCAGACCGAAGAAGAGUGUGCCCGGCUCGUGACUCUUCUUCCCCCAACCGAAGCUGCUUUACUUGAUUGGGCAAUCAAUCUGAUGGCUGAUGUUGCAGAGAUUGAACAUCUUAACAAGAUGAGUGCCCGUAAUAUCGCUAUGGUUUUUGCCCCGAACAUGACCCAGAUGUCAGAUCCAUUGACGGCUCUGAUGUACGCGGUGCAAGUUAUAAACUUUCUCAAGAACCUUAUCGUCAGGACGCUCAAAGAACGCCGAGAAUCUCCGCUCAGAUCGGUUCCAGCCUCGAAUACAGGACCUUCAGACCAGAAUGGCGACCAAAGCACCAGUCUUCAACUACUGCAUCUCGUGAAAGCAGAGGAAGAAGUAUCGAAUUACUGUAACGAAAAGCAAAGAUGUUCUCCGGCGGAAAUGGUAGAAGAAGAUUCUGUGACAGAACACGAAUCUCCAGAUCCUUUGUCUCCAACGGACGACAUUAAAUCUCUGAUCCAAAGCUGUCCGUGUAAGAUCGUGUCGAGCGUGAACAGAGGAGAUCGAAAGAACCCUUUGGUGAAAACUGAGAGAGAGGUCGAAGGCAAGUAGGAUGGUCGGACGUGUGAAUUUCCGAGUGGAGAUUCUCGAAGCGCAGCGGUAAAAACAUUCAUGGUUUUAUUUUUCCUUUCAUUAUUACUUUUUUUUUUGGAAUGUAAUGCGAUGGGUUUUGUCGGAUGGAUUAAUAGGGUUAUGUCCGUUGGGGCUUGCUUGCGUAUCAAGGAAUGUAAUAUGCAAUGUUUUCGUGAAUCAGUGUACUCAUUUAAAUAACAAAAAAAAAUCAAUAUAAUGAAUGGGCUGAAGUUUGGGAA